AUGCAGUCCUCAACAUGUCAUUUGGCCGAUAUAAAAUACUCCAUUCCCUUCAGGUUUCGACACAUGGCCGCUCCCGUGCGCUCCCCUCUCCGCCUCCGCGUCGACCAUGUUGGAUCCCUCCUCCGUCCCAAACCUUUAUUCGAACAGCGUACUCUUUUUGAGCAGGGGAAAUGCACUCAUGAAGCCCUCAAACCUCUGGAAGAUGCCGCUAUUGCCCACGUCGUUGCGCUCCAACAUGAACUUGGGCUGGCAACGAUUACCGAUGGCGAAAUGAGACGCUUCAUAUUCUACGAUGGGGUAUUUGAUCGAUUGGAGGGUAUCGAGCUUCGCUCCCGCCCGAUGAGCGAGUUUAAGACGUAUUGGCCUGACGUCCACGGCUUAGUUAGCCUAGGAUUCACGGAGUUUCCAUCUUGCAUUUGUACGAGCAAAAUUCAGCGAAGUCGCUCCAUCUUUGCUGCCGAAUUCGAUGCUCUCAAACGACUUGUGCCACCAGAGGAUGUGAGUCGUUUGAAGAUUAACAUGUGCCCACCCAAUUGGUUCCACCACUUUCACGGCUCAAAGUUGACUUACGACAAGUCCGUGUAUGGGACUGACGAUGAAUACUUUGAGGACGUUGGUAUUGCGUACCGUGCCGAGAUAAAAGAGCUUUAUGAACUUGGGUGUCGUAACAUCCAAAUCGACGAGCCAUCACUCUCGUUCUUCUGCCAACCGGACGUUCGGGCCGCCCUAUGCGAGGAUCAAGUUGAUAGUGACGAACUCUUCGACACCUAUGUCAAAGCAAUCAACCUAUGCACCAAGGAUCGCCCCGAAGAUCUCAACAUCGAUUUGCACGUCUGCCGCGGAAAUUUUCGGGUAUCUAUCAUGCUUCGACCGGAUUUCCUCGGCUUAUAUUAUUCUUUUCAGGGCGUUGGUUUCGCCCAAGCCAGCUAUGAGCACAUAGCGCAGAAGCUCUUUCAACAAGUUGAUGUCGACACGUUUUAUGUGCUUAAUCUCGAAUACGACGAGGACCGCCCAGGAGACCUACAUGCAUUCAGAUUCAUCCCGCCGAAAAAGAAUGUGGUACUUGGGAUUGUCACCACAAAAAAAUCCGAGGUAAUUAGACUGAGACCGACUCUGAUCCUGUGCACGUACCCAUGGGUAUGCCCAUGGGCAUUGUAA